AGGUUUUUAUGAGAGGUGCUUCUUGGAACACAUUUGGUGGUUUUUGUACCGCUAUUCGUGGUCCUACUUUUUUGUGAUUCUCUAAUGUUUUCACCUUGAGGUUGACAGUUGUGGUUUGGACUGAAGUACUUUGACAACUACCAGAUGAAUUGCCAUGCAAUUUGAAACUAAUAGUGAAGCUCCCUAUAAUAUGAACUCUUCUGACUUUAGACCUGGUUAAGUUCUGCUGGCUCACAUUUUUGGCUAUUAUGGAAAUAUCGUAACAGCUAUUGGCUGGAUGGCUGGAUUGUAGUAAAGUUUGGUACAGACACUCAAAACUUCAAAAAUUAAGAUUUCUUAAUCCCUUGACUUGCUCAACUAUUAUUAUCCCCGUCCCUCUCAGCUGUGUUUUGUGCUAAAUAAAAAAAACGUUAGCAUGCUAACACACUAAACUAAAAUGGUAAAAUGUACUGGUCAGCAUCUGCCUGUUACAUGUGAUGCUUAUUAAUAAUGCACAGAGAGUGAUUAACAAGUGUCCGUGUCAAAUAUCCGCUGUGCACUGGGGACAAUAAGUCACAAUAAUGAUAAGAUUAUAAUAUAUACAGCAUCAGUGUGUAUGAUGAUAUGUUUUUAAAAAAAAAGAUUUAAUCCGUAAAUUCUCAACUUUAAAGAGAAAGUUUGGAUUUUAUUAAUAGUACAUGUGAUGUGUUUGUAACAUUGUAUUGAGAGGCCUGCAGAAGUGUGUAGAGUUAGAAGACAGUUUGAAUGUUACUAUAAAAGGUGUUGUGUGGACGCUGCUUUGCUUUUGAAGACUGACGGCAAAAUAGAGCCUCAGUCAUGGUUCAUCUAGGGAACUGAGAAAAUGCACCAGAGAAGUAAAACUAAGUUUAGCCUUCCUGAGUGGUCUGGUAGUUAUUUUUUUUCUUUAGCUAGCAGCAUCAGGGGCUGCACAGUGGCUUGGUGGUUAGCACUUUCGCUUUGCAGCUAGAAGAUCCCUGGUUUGCAUUCUGGCCUUUCCGGGAUCUUUCUGCAUAAAGUUUGCAUGUUCUCCCUGUGCAGACGUCAGUUCUCUGGGUUCUCGAGCUUCCUCCCACAGUCCAAAAGCAUGCUGAGGUUAAUUGUUUUUUCUAAAUUUCCCGUACGUAUGAAUGUGAGUGUGAUUGCUGGUUUCUGUAUGUAGCCCUGUGGUGGACUGGUGAUCUGUCCAGAGUGUCCAACCGCCUGCAACCCUAAUGAGGAUUAAUCAGUGUGUAGAUAAUGGAUGGUCUCACAAACAUAGGGCCGUUUGGUUGUGUAUUAAAAGCUGUGCCAGAUCCCAGGAAAUACUUACGUCCAUUUUCUUUUACUAAUAAUGGACAGCUGUUUAAGCUCAAGUGAAAGUAUGCUCAAACAUUAUAAAACUUCAUACCUAACGGUUAGCUUCUGUCUGACACAGCUGUGUGUUUGUGUGUCAACCAGCACCCACGUUCUCACGGAGGACGUCGUGUAUCGGGAGGUAACUGCAGACAAUCGGCUCUUCUCCAGGCGCCUCCUGAUGAAGACCAACCGGUUGCCUCGCUGGGCGGAGAGCUUCUUCCCUGGAGGCAUGUCUCGCUCUGUGUACAUCAUCGAGGACUCCAUCGUGGACCCUGUCAACAGGAGCCUGACCACCUACACCUGGAACCUCAACCACACAACACUCAUGUCGGUUGAAGAGCGUUGUGUUUUCAAGGACUCAGCGGAGCAGCCAGCAACCACACAACUGAAACGGGAGGCGUGGAUAUCCUCAAGCAUUUAUGGCUUCUCCAAACCUAUUCAGGAGUUUGGUUUGGCUCGCUUCAAGAGCAACCAGGUGAAGGCCAUGAAGGGGCUGGAAUACGCGCUGUCCAACCUACAGGGAGAGACGCCCCAGCGGCUGCUCAGGGACACAGUGAAGGAUGCAUCGGAGAAGGCCAAAGAGGCAGCAAAGACUCUGGCUUCAGCUGCUGCUGUCCCACAGAAGCCUCAGCAGUACGUCUGACAGGACUGACUGAAGUACUGCACAGGUGACAGGAAGUCAGCACAAUGCCUUUUGAUCAUCUCCAUCGUCUCGCUGGGAUCUCCCCAUUUACUGCAAUCUGUAUUUUUCUAAAGUUCGAACCAGCCUCUGUGGAAUUACCUCGACUGUUGGACUUCUUCUUUGCUCUCUGUUUUCUUCUUUUCGUUCAAUCUCAGGUCUUGAGCCUUCGUAUGAAACCUCCUGCCUUUCAGACCAGCAGCGUCUGGGCCACUUAUUUAUAUAUUACAAAUCUACUGUAGAAUAAUGAUAUUUUUCUGAUCACUAUAUAAGCUUUUGUUUUUGUUUUUUGUGCAUUUCCUGCAUAAUGAUAAAAUGAGUGGGGUUAAUACAGGUUUAUUACAGUCAUCAAAUGUAUUUUAUGCUCAAGCUAAAGCUCACAUUAUGACUGUUCAGUUUUCAUUUCAAUUAAAGGAAGAAUUUAGGAGGAUGUAAUAAAACAUUUUAUUGUGCUUGCGGGGAAUAAUUAAGGCAAAAAAUUCCCUCUUUUUUACGAUUUUCUUCUCUGAGACUGUAAUAAACGUCCAGCUCUGAGGCACAUCUGUAUGUGUUACAAGUGUCGGCGCACAAUGUUUCCUGUAAUAUUGCAAACAUAAUUAGAAAGCUACUGCCAGAAAGCCUGCAUUGACUCAUUUCUCAUCACAACAUACCAUAGUGACUUAUAUCAAAAAAGUCAGAAUGAGCAAAGUUCUCACUAUUCUGUGCUCAGAUUUGUUGUGAGUAGCCUUUCUAAGUGUCACUUAGCUGCUUAGGUGAAAAUAGAUCAUUUAAAUCUAGCUGUUUAUUUGAAGAUUAGUUAGCAUUAAAGACGAUAAUGUAAACAUUUCAAUAAUUGCAUUCCCUUAAAGAUGGAUUUAGUGGGGUUUUUGUUUGUUUUGGAAGACUUGAAUGAUGAGAGAAAUAAUUAAUGAGAUGUAUUUUUAUGAAUUGUUUAGAGUUAGGAUUUUGUGAUACUGGACUCAUGUAGAUUUACUUUAACCAUGUAGUGAGAUGUCCCAAAACAAAGUAAACUGUUUAGACUUUGAGUUGAAAAUGUUUCACAGCCCAAACAUUUUCAACAACUUGUUUAUUUUGUUUGUCAUUGUGUUUAAUGUUUUGUCAGACGGAGCUUUAAUAAAACUUAAGUUAUUGUUUUA